CAGUCUGCUGGUGGAUUCCCAGUCGCUCUGCAGAAACUGGUCCAGAUCUCCAAACCUCCACGAAAAAGAAUCAGCCAGAACUGAAGGUCCCGUCAUGGCGCCGUCUGGCCCGGUUCUGCUGCUGCUGCUGCUGUCUUCAUUCCUGACCUGCAGCCUGAGCGACCCGCCGCGCUCCGACCUGCAGGAUCACCGCGCUCUGCAGAAGAGAGGAAAGACAGCAGACAACCUAAAGGCUGCAGCUAAAGAUCUUCUGAAGAUUGUAAAUGCAGUUAAACCUUUUAUUGGUCUCAUUCCAAAGGCUGGGUCGUAUUUAACUGCCAUCACAAAUUUUGUAAAUGUCAUUGCUGGUAAAAAUCCAGAACAAGGGCUUCUAGAUUAUCUCAAGUUAAAAUUUGAUGAUCUAAACAUAAAGAUAGAUAAAAACCAGAAGGAAAUAGUGUUUAACAUUUGGAAAAGCAGUGAGUAUGCAAAGCUGGAGAAGAAAAUAACUAUAGCAUGGAACAAACUCGGGGAACUGCUGAAGGGUUGUGGAGAGCCUUGCUUUGAAAAUCUGAAGAAAGAUGGCAAAGACAAAAUAAUAGAAAAUUACUUUAAAAAGGCUGGAAAGUAUGUGGAUGAACUGCAUUACAGUAUAGCAGGUAAAGGUAUUUACAAAGCUAAGUAUGAAGAGCUCCUGAAAGACCAUGUGAGAUGUGAUGAACGGCGACUCAAAAUAUUCUCGGCCGUUAACGCGUUGCUGGUUCACAGAGCCAUCGCCAUGACCAAUUUCUACAACCUCUUCAGUAACAUUAAAACAGAUGAAGACGCUCUGGCUAAUAAAGCACGCGACAUUUCUGCAGCUAUGUUUGAGAUCCACAAGAACUGCACUUCAGAACCUGAUCCGUAUGUUAAACUGGACAUUCUGGACCUGAUCAAAGAGUCAGAGAAGCGUAAGGAUCUGGCAAAGAACAUCAGGGAGUAUUUAGAUAAAACAUUUUACCACUAUAACUGGAUGGUGGUUGCUUUUAAAACCAGAAGUUCAAACCAUACAAGGGUUAUUUCUAAAUGGCUGAACAGUCAUAUUUUGACCGGAUUUUCUGCAGUAGAAAAAGGGAAAACUAGUGUGGCUUUUGCCAAACAAGCGAAAGGGAACCACAAGAAAACGGCUCAAGUUGUAGACGCCAUUAAGAAGUGCUACAACAACCCCGUGCCCUGCGAUCAAGUCGGAGCAAAGUUAGAGAGCUGUGCUAACGUGAAGGGCAUGUAUUCAGCCAUUCAUGCUUUCAUUCGUAAAGAGCAUGGCAGCGUUCAUGCUUUAGAGGCAGAAGAAGCUCCAAAUGAAGAAGAGUUUAGUCCUGACGAGCAGCAGACCACCCCGUACCUUUACACAGGGGACUGCACCAUCAGUGUGUUUGGCAAAGGAGUAGUUGUCCCAGUUAAACGUUUCAGGGUUCUGAUAAAAAGUGACGAAGAGUGGACGAAUGAGUCUCCCUGUAAAGGAGUCGACUGUGGAGGUAAAGACAGAGGAACAUGUGUUGAGGUGAAGAACGCCCGCAUUGGCCUGUGUGAGUGUGACAAGAAAUACUAUGGAGAGAAAUGUGAGGAGAGCCUGGAGGACUACAAGAAAAAGGUGUUUGUUAAAGAAAUCCCCAAAUCCACAGACAGCAUGGGCUGAAGGAGCCCAGGAAGUUUCUGCUCCCAUAUUUUAUCUUUUCUGUUUGCUCUUCACACGUUUCAUCUUUUAACUGUUGAGACGUUUGGUUGAAAAGUGGCUGUUGAUUAAAAACAGGUUUCUGAACCCAGAACAUCUGAAAUGACUCAGUUUCUGACCAGCUGUAGCCAAACAUCAUGUUGUUCAAACUUUCUGUGAAAUGAUCUCAUCAUGUUUCUUUAAAAUUAUCAUUUGCUUCUUUUGGUUUGAGCUUCUGUUGCAACUUCAAAGGAAAAAACUAAUAGAACUUCAAAUUUAAGAGUUAUUAUGUGUUUGUUGUUUUCUUCAUUGUUAUCCUACAACUUUUCCUCCAAAAUAAAAGCUUUAA